AUGGUUGUAGACGCUUGUGUAAAAUGGACUGAAGCUCUUGAGGUGAAGAAUAUGAUAGCGGAACAAAUGUUGGAGCGUCAAAAAGCCUAUAGUGUCGAGAAUAUGUUAGAGAUACUGUAUGAAUUGCCUGGAAUGCUUGAAAGAUGGAUAUUGGAAGAUGAGGAUGGUGAUUAUGAUGAUGAACUUGGUUUGUUUGAUACUGUGAGGGAUAUUGGUGCAAGGUAUCAAAGAUCAUUGGAUACGGUACAAAGGAAGCUUGAUGUCUUGAGUGCUCUUCUAAAGUUUACAGAGGAUACACUAAGACCACAAGAAGGCGAGUUUGCAGGGGUAAAUCCUGUUUUGAGGAAUGAUUAUCGGUAUUGGCCUUAUUUCAGAGAUUGUAUCGGAGCACUCGAUGGAACUCAUGUGCAAGAUCCUACAAUGAAUGUUCUUGCUAUAUGUAACUUCGACAUGAAGUUCAUAUACGCAUAUCUCGGUGUACCUGGUAGAGCACAUGAUACAAUGGUCUUGACUCAUUGUGCGAGGGAUGAGGCUUCUUUCCUACAUCCUCCUCCGGUAAAGUAUUUUCUAGUUGACUCGGGAUAUCCGACCAGGACGGCGUAUCUUGGUCCGCAUCGUAGUAUGCGAUAUCAUCUUCGUCAAUUUGCUAGAGGAGGACCACCAGUUAGUGCACGAGAGUUGUUUAACCGAAAUCAUUCAGGUCUGCGAUCAGUGAUUGAGAGGAAAUUUUGA